AUGGCCAAGAUCAAGAUUGUCAUAAAUGGGUUUGGAAGAAUCGGCCGCUUGGUGACUAGGGUUGCUCUACAAAGAGAUGACAUGGAAAUCGUUGCUAUAAAUGAUCCUAAUAUCAACGCCAAGUAUAUGAUCUACAUGUUUAAGUACGACAGUGUUCACGGGAAGUGGAAGCACCACCAUGAACUUAAGCUUAAGGAUGAUAAGACCAUUCUCUUUGGUGACCACCCAAUUAGAGUUUUUGAGGGCAGGGAUCCCUCCUACCUCCCAUUGGAAGAGCUCCAGGCUGAAUAUGUGGUCGAGGCCUCCGGAUAUAUGACGGAUUACGCCAGAGCUGCUGCUCAUAUGCAGUUUGGUGCAAGGAAAGUUGUAAUCACAGCUCCAAGUAUCGAUGCUCCUAUGUUCGUUGUAGGUGUAAAUGAGAAGGACUACACUCCCGACCUUAAAGUUGUUUCCAAUGCAAGCUGUGCUAUCAACUGUCUUGCUCCAUUGGCAAAGGUUAUCCAUGAGAAAUUCGGUAUUGUGGAGGGUCUAAUGACCACGGUCCACUCUAUGGCUGGUGUUCAAAAGGUUGUUGAUGCACAUUGUCAGAAAGACUGGAGAAUCGGAAGAGCUGCUGGGCGCAACAUCAUUCCUAGCUCCAAUACUGCUAGGAAGGCUGUUGGUAAAGUGCUGCCGGCACUAGAUGGGAAACUGAAAGGAAUGGCCUUCUGCAUUCCCACUGUCGAUGUUUCUGUGGUUGACCUCACCGUGAGACUUGAGAAGCAGGCAAGUUAUGAAGAGAUCAAAAAUGCUAUCAAGACAGAAUCUGAGGGUAGCCUGAAAGGAAUCCUUGGAUACACAGAUGAUGAUGUGGUUUCCACCGACUUUUUAGGUGACAAUAGGUCCAGCAUUUUCGAUGCCAAGGCUGGAAUUGCUCUGAAUGACAACUUUGUAAAGCUUGUCUCUUGGUAUGACAAUGAAUGGGCUUAUAGCACACGAGUUAUCGACUUGAUCCGUCACAUGGCCUCUGUUAGCCAAGAUGAAAGUUCACAGGCAGCUAAUUCUUGACCUCAAGAUGUAGAUUUUCUUCCAUUUUGUAGAGAGUUGAACACCGGUACCCGAGUAGGUACAAGGUGUGCAUUUCAUUUGGAGUAGCUAUGGCUACAAUGAAAUACAAGCAGACUGUUCCCUUGAACAUCCACUUCUUCCUUGCUCAUUACUAUAGUUACAUGUUUGACAAGAUGAAUUAAAAAUUCAUUAUAGAUAGAAGGAAACAGAUAAUAAUGAUAGAUCAGUGGGCAACACAGCAGCAUAUUAACAAAAGGCUCCAAAAUCUCUAUCAAAAGUACAAACAAACAUUCAUAAAUUCGGACAUUUAAACGACCUAAAAGGCUAAUACCAUCAGUUUUUAUCAUUAUGAAGUUUCCGAUAAACUAUUUCCACGCAAAAACAGAAGUACCAAUAGUGUUCUCUUCUGACUAUUUAUGAUCCGAUCAUGUUGAUGCUACU